GUCACCGCUCUCAGUGGUUAUGAUCUGCUGAAGAGAAUUUAACGGUUUAUUUACAUUGGUUUGUUUUUUAGAGAAAACCCUGAGUUGUUCCGUGGCGGUGCCCCGCGGCUUUCGGACUGAGAUCCCGAGGCUGUCAGAGAAACAAACCCCGGCACCGGAGGAGAAAAUCUCAAGCGCGUGAGAUGAAAUGACAACGUCAACAUUACAGAAAGCCAUUGAUCUGGUCACCAAAGCCACAGAGGAGGACAAGGCCAAAAAUUAUGAGGAGGCUCUGAGACUGUACCAGCACGCUGUGGAGUAUUUCCUACACGCCAUCAAGUAUGAGGCUCACAGUGAUAAGGCGAAGGAGAGUAUCAGGGGGAAGUGUAUGCAGUAUCUGGAGCGGGCGGAGAAGCUAAAGGCCUACUUGAAGACCAAGGACAAGCAGGGCAAGAAACCUGUAAAGGAAGCGCAGAGCAAUGACAAGAGUGACAGUGACAGUGAAGGUGAGAAUCCAGAGAAGAAGAAGCUGCAGGAGCACCUGAUGGGUGCUAUAGUGAUGGAGAAGCCGAAUGUGAGUUGGAACGAUGUGGCCGGACUGGAAGGAGCUAAAGAGGCACUGAAGGAAGCCGUCAUCUUGCCAAUCAAAUUCCCUCACCUCUUCACAGGUAAACGGACUCCGUGGAGAGGGAUCUUACUCUUCGGACCUCCUGGAACAGGAAAGUCUUACCUGGCUAAAGCUGUAGCUACCGAGGCGAACAACUCCACCUUCUUCUCCGUCUCCUCAUCUGACCUCAUGUCCAAAUGGCUGGGGGAGAGCGAGAAGUUGGUGAGGAAUCUGUUUGAGCUUGCUCGUCAGCGUAAACCCUCCAUCAUCUUCAUCGAUGAGGUGGACUCUCUGUGCGGCUCACGAAGUGAAAAUGAGAGCGAAGCAGCUCGUAGGAUCAAGACCGAGUUCCUCGUGCAGAUGCAGGGUGUGGGGAAUAAUAAUGAUAAAAUCUUGGUUCUUGGUGCCACUAACAUCCCAUGGGUUCUAGAUGCUGCCAUCAGGAGAAGGUUUGAGAAACGGAUCUACAUCCCGCUUCCAGAGGAGCCGGCUCGGGCCGCCAUGUUCCGUCUCCAUUUAGGGAACACUCCCCACAGCCUGAGCGACGCCGACCUGCGCCAACUCGCACGCAAGACCGACGGCUACUCCGGCGCUGACAUCAGCAUCAUCGUCAGAGACGCGCUCAUGCAGCCUGUCCGCAAAGUGCAGUCCGCCACGCACUUCAAGAAGGUCCGAGGUCCGUCCCGUAGUAACCCCUCUGUGAUGGUGGAUGACCUUUUGACCCCAUGUUCUCCUGGUGACCCUGCUGCUAUGGAGAUGACCUGGAUGGACGUGCCUGGAGACAAACUGCUGGAACCCAUAGUGUGUAUGGCCGACAUGCUGCGCUCUCUAUCCACCACUCGGCCCACAGUCAACGCUGAAGACCUCCUGAAGGUGAAGAGGUUCACCGAGGACUUCGGACAGGAAGGCUGAGGAUCAACAAACACCUGCCCAUCAAUCACAUCCAAGCCCUGCCCUUAUGAACUGAAGCCCCGCCUCUCUCCCCCCUUCCCCAACACGCCACUGUACAGCUGGACUUCCUGUGUGCAGUACUGAACAUGAAGGAGCAUUUACUUCUGCACUCUGUGUGUGUGUGUGUGUGUGUGCUGUAGCUCUUACUCUAAGUGGACUGACUGAAUGUGUGUAUUCAUUUGUGUAACUAACACACACACACUGCACUGCUUUAGCUCAGUAUUAUUUAUUUUCUUCCUCCCCCCAUUUUGGACUUUACCAUUAUUACUACUGAACAAACACAUUAAAGCAGCAGUAAAAUAUAAAAUAAUAAUAACUUUUACCCCAAAUGUAAUUAUACUCUGAUGCUAAUUUGCAGUGACUCUGAGAAAUGGUUCCUUUUGGGUUAAAGUGUCGUUGAUGUUCGUCUCACCGCCUCUGGUCGCUGCAGGAAGCCUCGCCCUCGACACACUACUGACCGAACAGCUACGGCUCACUAACUGUCUGAAGUAUCUGUAUUAAUUAAACCUGAACUGGACAACUGAAAUGAAAAAA